CCUCCACCCCUCAAACCAUGGACUAGUGCUCAACCCAGAAGAAGGAGCUGUGUCUUUGCCCUGUGAAUGUGGCUGCUGCCUGUUACAUGGAAACGGACCCUGGAGUGGAUGUAUUUGCUCACUGGACACCAUGGCAACAGGACCCAGAGCCAGCUUCCCGACCCAGCACCCAUCUCAGUCUUCCAUCGCAGAGCCCUGCCACCAGCCUCGUGUCAUGGCUCCAGUGUCCGCCGAAACAUCUUCAGAGGGCAGUGAGUGCUCAGAGGUAGCCGAGCCAGAAAGUGCUGAGCCAAUCAAUGGCUCAGGGGAGUCCACCCUUGACGAGAGAGCCAUCACUGCCCCUCUGGUGGUACCCAUCGGGCCAGCGAAGCUAUCCUUUCCUGAGCGAGAAACCUGGACGCGCCAGAUGGAUUUCAUCAUGUCAUGUGUUGGUUUUGCUGUAGGGUUGGGCAACGUCUGGCGCUUUCCAUACCUCUGCUACAAAAAUGGAGGAGGUGUCUUUCUGAUUCCUUACCUGCUGAUCGUUUUUGUUGGGGGGAUCCCUGUCUUUUUCCUGGAGGUGGCCCUGGGACAGUUUAUGAAGCAAGGUGGAAUUGCAGCCUGGAACAUUGCUCCCCUGUUUAAAGGUUUGGGCCUGGCCUCCAUGGUCAUUGUCUUCUUCUGUAACUCUUACUAUAUUAUGAUCCUCGUCUGGGGUGUCUUCUACUUGGUCCACUCACUGACGGAGACGCUGCCAUGGGCCACCUGUGGCCACUCGUGGAACACUCCCCAAUGCACCGAGCUUUUUGGUUUGAGCGACUGCGGCAACAACACCCACAACAGCACCGCCAGAAACUGCAGCAACCUGGCUGACCAACGCUCUCCCGUCAUUGAGUUCUGGGAGAACAAAGUGCUGCGUAUUUCAGGGGAUCUGGCUGAUCCAGGAGAGAUCAGCUGGCAGCUGACCCUUUGCUUGCUUGUAACUUGGGUCAUUGUUUAUUUCUGCAUCUGGAAGGGGGUCAAGUCAACCGGGAAGGUGGUCUAUUUCACUGCAUUGUUCCCUUAUGUGGUGCUUAUCCUCCUGCUCUUGCAUGGAGUGACGUUGCCUGGCGCACUGGAUGGGAUCAUUUACUACCUGAAACCUGACUGGUCCAAGCUUGCUGUGGCUCAGGUAUGGAUUGAUGCUGGUACCCAGAUCUUCUUCUCAUAUGCUAUUGGGCUGGGAGCCCUGACCGCACUUGGCAGCUACAAUCGCUUCCACAACAACUGUUACAGGGAUGCAUAUCUCCUGGCUGUGAUCAACAGUUCCACCAGCUUCUUCGCUGGCUUUGUAGUAUUUUCAGUAUUGGGCUUCAUGGCAUCAGAGCAGGGGGUAGACAUCUCCCAGGUGGCAGAGUCAGGUCCUGGUUUGGCCUUCAUUGCCUAUCCCAAAGCUGUAACACUGAUGCCGCUGUCUCCACUCUGGGCUACCCUGUUUUUCUUCAUGCUUCUUGUCUUGGGUCUGGACAGCCAGUUUGUGGGUGUAGAAGGCUUCAUCACCGGUAUCCUAGACUUGUUUCCACAGCCAGCGGCAGCCUCACCCCGCAGAGAGAUCACAGCCGCCAUCUGCUGCCUUGUCUGCUGUGUCAUUGAUCUCUCCAUGGUGACUCAGGGUGGGAUGUACGUCUUUCAGCUCUUCGACAACUAUUCUGCAAGUGGAAUCACGUUGCUUUGGCAAGCCUUUUGGGAGUGUGUGGUGGUUGCCUGGGUUUAUGGAGCCGACCGCUUCAUGGAUGACAUCGCCCGGAUGAUUGGGUACCGGCCUCUGCCCUACAUGAAGUGGUGCUGGUUAUUCAUUACUCCCGUAGUGUGUGUGGGCAUCUUCCUGUUCCACGUGGUAAACUAUCAGCCACUGACUUACAACAAGACCUAUGUCUACCCCUGGUGGGGAGAGGCUAUUGGCUGGAUGCUGGCCCUUGCCUCCAUGCUUUGCAUCCCCUGCACUGUCGCUUACAAACUUCUGCGAAGCAAGGGCACCUUCCAACAGCGCUGGCAAUUGCUGACCACCCCUGUCUGGGGCCACCACCACCUGGAAUACAUGACACCCGAAGCAGAGGCAAAGUUGCUGCCACCACCAGACAGUCUUGCUGCUGCCCCGCCAGAGAAGGCUACGCUUUUUGAGACUGUGAUUUAAUGUCUCUUGCCCUCUCCCAGUAGGAAUAACACAAGACCCUUCCCCCCCACCCACCCAAGGUCAUGCGGAGAGGGAAGAGGCCAGGGGAGAAUGGGCAUAAUGGGAGAGGGGGAGUGGGGGGGGGAAAGUCCCUUGCAAAUUAGAAGACCUUUGCCCUGUUCUGCUUUUGGUUGCCCUGGGCUCCCUACAACUCCUCGGUUCGCCAUCUUCAGUGAGACUCUUGUGAUUAACGAAAAAGCUAUGAAUUGGAUUUGGUAAAUCUUGACCAGUAGAGGUGCUGAUGCAAGCAAUGAAAAGAACCCACUUAGGGUCCCAAAAUUGUUUGAGGUUUCACUUCAUCCUAUUCUUCCAGUGUUAGCUUUCAAACCUCAGGUGCGGGCGUUCGUUCCUUAUCAUAGAAUCAUAGGGUGGGAAAGGACCAUGGAGAUCUUCUCUUCCAAAGUCCUGGGGCAGGAAUCUUUAUGCUCUCCCAGACCAAUGGCUGUCCAGUCUUUGCUUGAAAACCUUCAUUAACGGAGCCCUCCGUAACUCCGGAGUUGCUUAGUGCUUCCCACUAUCACAAAAGCUUCAGUUGUUUAGUUUCCCAAUUCACCCAAUGCUUUCCUAGUUUCCUGGACUCAGUCUUUGCAUGGGGGAAAAAACAACAACCAGCUAUAGAGCCGAUGUAACCGUAGCUGAUUAACAGGCUAAUCCUGCUCAUUGUGUUGCAAUUCUUUCCCCUAAUUCUCCUCUCUCCAAAAGAAACAGAAAAAGACCAAAUGCUUUCCAUUAAUCUCUAGCCUCUUUUUCCUCGUGGAUUAUUUCCCCGUCUCUCACUCCUAUAUCUCUGGUCCAGUUUCAGUUACACUGAAUGUACCACAUUUUCAUACUGCUUUCUGGGGUGGAAGAGGGGGAACCCUUCUGUCACUUAGAUCUUGUCUGUCUCUGUUGCCUUCACAUUUUUCCCUCUGCCAUUUGGAAGGGUGGUCUUGAUCAAGGGCACUGCAAGUGGGCAUCAGGCUUCCUAACGCCACUUGUAACAUCUGAAAUCUUCCUCCGUCCGAAAAGGAGAAAGAAAUCUAUCUGCAUGGAUAAUAUCUGGGCCCUAAGGAGACUAAGAGGAUCUGAAAAAAAUUCUUAAAUAACUCAAUUGCUGGUUGAAUCUCUCCAUUUAUAAACAUAGAGGAAUUUUAAAAGGAGAAACAGUUGGCAUGCAAAACUCCUUGCUAAAAGGGGCAUCUAUUUCUGUUUGAAUUCCUAUAGUUUUAUCAUCCACCUAGCAGGCAGAAAUUCAACAAGGCAAUUCUACAUUAAGGCUUAUUUAUGAUAAACUAUACCAAAAUAAUAAACGGGAAUCUCGUGUUGCCUCGAUGUGAAUGCAUUAUGACCGUGAAAAUCCUUCUAAUGGCAACUAACUAGAAUCCUAAUUGCUCAUAUUGUGAAAAAUUAUCCUUUUUGAAUUUCUGCCUCUGACAAAGACUUUUAAGAAACAAAAAAUACAGCAAGCAAGCAAAUCUGCUUGGCUAAUCAUCCUUCUCUUACACAUGAUAGAUAAAGCCAUGCUCUGCAUUACUCCAAUGUAUGUAUUUGUAAUAUAUGAAUGUUUGUGCCAAAUUGGGCUGAGCUCUCAUUUCCUGCCACAUAUGAAGCUGUAACCCACCCCUGCAAUCCUCCUAAGCCUCAUUCUCAGCUCCUUAUUUCUGUUUUCAAUUUUUUUUUUGGCAAUUACAUAUGCAAAGUGAUACUGAUCUGACUUCCAAUGAUAAAUACAAGAGAUGUUCUCUACUGUG